AGAUGGCUUUCUUCCACCGGCCUACCCAGCCAGCACUGAGUCACUGACCAACGAAACCAAUCCUUCGCGAGAAUACCCAAAUCGUCGUGCAGAAAAUUUCAGCCCUAAAACCCUAAAUCCAGAACCUUCGCGGAUUCUCCGGCAAUGGCCGCAAUCAGCCUCCGCAAAGGCAACACCCGUCUUCCACCGGAAGUGAACCGCGUUCUCUACGUUAGAAAUCUACCGUUCAAUAUAACGAGUGAGGAGAUGUACGACAUAUUCGGGAAGUACGGUGCCAUCCGGCAGAUUCGCAUCGGGACGAACAAGGACACACGUGGCACCGCUUUCGUUGUCUACGAGGAUAUCUACGAUGCCAAGACCGCCGUCGACCACCUCUCGGGAUUCAACGUGGCGAAUAGGUAUUUGAUUGUUCUGUAUUACCAGCAGGCGAAGAUGAGCAAGAAGUUUGACCAGAAGAAGAAGGAGGAUGAGAUUCAGAAGCUGCAGGAGAAAUACGGGAUUGGUACUCCCGCUUCCAAAGAUAAGUAGCUUGUUUGAUUUAAGGCAGCAAAGAUUUUGACAUACAAAAAGAUAAACUUUUACUGAUUUUAGAGAAGCUUUACUCGGAUGGGCUUUACUUCCAGACGUUGUCCAUUGUUGUGUAAAGGUAUGAGUUCAUGAUGGAGUUAUAGGAUCUUGAGGAACUAAUGCAAUGUGGGUUGACUUAUAAUCUUGUUCUCAA